GCAAACUAGGUUUGCCGACAGUCGCUCCAAGUUGUUUCAAGUUGCUCGAAGUCGUUCCGUAUGAUCAGCUGUUUCGUAUCCGAUUUGGCGUUUCUUGUAUUUUUGCGAACGGAAUGGCGUCCCGCGCAUUACUGCAACAGUGUGCGAAUGGAAUUAGCAAGAGUAGUCCUAGAUUGAGCAGGUUAUUUGCAAGUAAACGCUCAGACGUAGAAAAGAAACCUGACUUGGCGCAGCGCAAGAAUCUCCAGGAGACAAUACAGUCGCCAGAGGAGGCAAAAUAUUUACAAGCCUUAAAGAGCACAAUUACCGUAGCUGAGGAGGAUGUUGGUUACGUAUCCGGCGUGCCUGAGGAGCAUAUCAAGACACGCAAAGUACGGAUUUAUCAACCUGCAAAGAGCGCCAUGCAAUCGGGAACGAAUAACAUUCACUUUUGGCAAAUGGACUUUGAUACACGGGAACGUUGGGAGAAUCCAUUGAUGGGCUGGACUUCCAGUGGAGAUCCUAUGUCAAAUAUCAAAGUUGAUUUCGCGACGAAGGAGGAGGCGAUCGAACACUGCAAGAAGAUGGGAUGGGAUUAUUAUGUGCAGAAACCGAAUGUUAGUCAGCCAAAACCUCGUAGCUACGGAUCCAACUUCUCCUGGAAUAAACGUACCAGAGUGUCAACUAAAUAAUCUACCAGAGUUUCAACUAAAUAAUAUACCUUCCUCGAGCAAAUCACUCGUAAGUUCAUGUACGAGUAUAAACUACUUGUAGUCAUCUAAAGCAAUCCUGAAGUAAAAUAUGUAUCAUAAUGCAAAUAAAUGUAUAUAUAUAUAUAUAUAUUUAGUGCGAUGUA